GCUUUCAUCACCCAAAUAACUGCCUUCAUAUAUGUUUAUCGUUUAAAUGGUUAAUUAUUGGUGUUUCUUGGCAACAGUUAUGAGCCAGAAACCGGUAAAUACGCGGCUCUGAGUACGAUAAUCUGGCAACGGUGCAGGGAAACAACGUGGUCGCGGCGUAAACAACUCUCGCGCGGUGAUCAGCUGAGAGCCGCCUGCUGCUGUGCUCCCGAUACUGGCCGUAUUGAGUCUGCAAGGAAGGGGUAAAAAAAUACAGAUAUGGGAAAGAAGCAGAAGAAAACACCUAAAAUAACAGGGGAAGGAAAAAAUAAGACUGCCCUUCUUUCUGCACCAGUUGAAGCUUCCCAUGAAUUUGAAGGUCUUGCUGGAUUUGAGGAGCUGUCAACAUGCACAUUAAUAAAAAUGAGCAAGCGUGGAGAAAUCACCAGAGAAAUGUGGCAGGAUGGGAAGAUUGUGAAAAAGAAAAGAAAAAACAAAAAGAAGAAACAGAAUACCAAGAAGAAAAAUAAAGAGGACACGGCUAAACUGGUAGAAAGUAAGCUUAUCAGUGAUGUUUCUGAUGAGGAAUUGGAUGAAGAGUCGAAAACAAAAUCUUCAAACAAAAGAAAGAAGCAACGUAACCCUUCAGACAAAGGGGAUCAGACUGGUAAGAAGGCUCGUUAUGACAGUACCACCUACCACGGGGCUCAGCAUGGCAUGGCUGCUAAGGUAGAUGUGUCUGCCUGGAAGGAGGUGUUUGCCCCGCUGCCAGUGCUUGAAGCUCUGGCUGAUCUUGGAUUCUCUCAGCCAACUGAAAUCCAGAAACUGGUCCUCCCAGCAGCCAUCAAAGAUCGUUUGGAUAUAAUUGGAGCUGCCGAGACUGGAAGUGGAAAAACCCUUGCUUUUGGAAUUCCUAUUAUCCAUGGUAUUUUGACUGAUAAAUCCCAUGAAAUGGAACAUUCACCUGCAGAGGCAGCUGACAGUGGGCUAGAGGAUAGUGAGCAAGAAGCAGAAGAUUGUGAUGCAGACCAAGAGUGCCUAGGAAGUGGUUCAGAUGUCGAGGAAGAUAUCUGUGAUAAUGAUGAUCAAAGCGAAUCAAGUGAUGAUAUUGAUGCAAAUGUCUCAGAUAUAGAAGAUGUAAAUGACAUGAAUGAGGAAAUGGGUUGUGUUAAAGUUAUUGAUAAUGCUGACUUUAGUUUUAUGGAAGAAAACGAUCAGGAAACAACCAAAAAUCCUUCCAAGAAACUCAGAGCACUCAUAGUAACACCAACACGGGAACUGGCAAUUCAGAUAAAAAAUCAUUUGUGCGCUGUUCUGACUCACACUGACAUCACAAUAGCUGUUGUGAUGGGGGGGGUGGCACCACAGAAACAGGAGCGAUUAUUGCGUCAAGGUCCUGACAUUGUGGUUGGCACUCCUGGCCGGCUAUGGGAGCUGAUCCAGCAAGGCAAUGAGCACCUCAGUCAGCUCUACACUCUAAAAUACUUAGCAAUAGAUGAAACGGAUCGCAUGGUUGAACAAGGACACUUUCAAGAGCUGACUCAGCUCUUAGAGUUGAUAAAUAGUAAUGAGAAUGCCAAGCAACAACGCCAGACAUUUGUGUUUUCUGCAACUCUAACUAUGGUCCACUCUGCUCCAAAGAGAAUGCAUAUGAAGAAAAAGGUGGUAAAGAUGACACCAACUGUGAAAAUAAAUCAGCUGACAAAACUCAUCGGUGUUAAAUCACAUCCUAAGAUUGUAGAUGUGACCCGAAAGUUUGGAACAGCACAAAGUUUGACUGAAGCGAGGAUCAACUGUGAUAAGGACGAGAAGGAUCUCUACCUCUACUAUUUUUUAAAGUGCUAUCCAGGUCGCACUUUAGUUUUCUGUAACAGCAUUGAUUGUGUGCGAAGACUCCAGAACCUCUUCACUUUGCUUCAGUGUCAGCCACAGUCUCUUCAUGCCUCACUGCAACAGAAGCAGCGGUUAAAAAGUUUGGAACGUUUUUCAAAUAGUCCUCAAGCACUUCUCCUGGCUACAGAUGUUGCAGCUCGAGGCUUAGAUAUUCCCAACAUACAACACGUUAUUCACUACCAAGUUCCUCGGACAGCUGAGACUUAUGUUCACCGGAGUGGUCGCACAGCUCGUGCCCAGCAAGAAGGAUUGAGUGUUCUUCUGAUUGAGUCAUCAGAAAUAAAGAAGUAUCGUCAACUGUGUGUCACCCUAAACAGGGCCACAGAUCUACCUCCAUUUCCAGUUGACUCAAAUAUCAUGAGUCAGGUGAAGAAACGUCUUGAUCUUGCUCGCACUCUUGAGAUAAUGGAGCACAGGAUACGAAAGACAAAUGCUAACAAUGAAUGGUUCAGAAGAGCUGCAGAAGAAGCUGACAUACUGAUUGAUGAGGACAUCCUUGAUCCAGAUGAAGAAAGAGAGAAAUCCAUGAAGACUGCUCAAGAGAAGCGUGAGCUUAAAAAUAAGCGUAAAAUACUAAUGAAGAUGCUUUCAACCCCAUUCAUGAGCUCUGACUUCUCAGGGAAAUACCCAACCCAAACAGGAUCACUUGUAACAUACAGCAUAGGCAUGAAUUUUGACACAAGUACCAAACAAGAAAAUAAUGACUCCAAUAAUGCAUUGUCUGUGAUGAAAAAAGAAUCUAAAGAUUUUCAAAAGCUUGUGAAGACCAUAAAGAAUAGGAUACCAAAGAAGAAAAUAAACAAGAAAAAAUUUAAAGGUUUUGAAAAGAGGAAAUUGAAACAAAAGAAGAGUCUUGCUAAUGAUACUUAGGAUCAUAUUUAGUAUAAACAACUUUGACUAAAUUUUAAUAUAAUAAUGUUAUUACUUAUAAGUAUAUAAGUAACAAUCAAGUCAUAUAAACAUCAAAUAUUUGAAUUCUUGGAUGAAACAGGUCAGCUUUGUUUCACUAGCCUUGUAUAUAGUCUGUAUUUAACACAUUACCCACACUGGGGUGGAACAACAGACAUUUAUAUCUCAGACAAUCUGCCUGUCAGGUUUUAUUGAUUUUCAGCUUGUUACAGAACACUGCUCAACUGUUGUGUUAGAAAUAAACAAGUACUUAUACAUGCG